AUGGAACGGAUCAAGCAAGUUCAAGGAAUGGUUAUACUCAAUCACGAGUGCAGUGCUAUAAUCCAAAGGACAACUACACCUAAGAAACUGAGCGACCCGGGGUCGUUCACAUUACCUUGCUCGAUUGGACCUUUGACGUUCGGAAGAUGUCUCUGCGACGUGGGGGCAUCAGUCAGCUUAAUGCCUUCAGUUGUAGCCAAACGUCUUGGGUUUGAGAAAUUCGAACCCACCGACAUCCAACUAGUUCUGGCAGAUCGAACUACAAGGUUGCCAAGUGGAGUGUUGGAUAACUUCCCGGUCAAGGUAGGAUCAGUAGACGUACCAACCGACUUCGUGGUUUUGGAAAUGGAUGUAGAACCAAGGGAUCUGCUUAUCUUAGGACGAACAUUCCUAGCCACCAUGGGAGCAAUGAUAGAUGUGAGGAACGGGAAGAUCGAUCUGAAGCUCGGGGAAGACCUUACUAUGUAG